AUGGAGGUUUUAGAUUAUAUUUUUCUUCUCUCCUUACUAAGCAGUGGGUCUGGUGAAAACAUAAUAUAUUGUUCAGAAAGAAGAACUAUACCAACAGAAAGUACUGUUCAACUUGCUUUACGUUAUCGCUCAAUAGGAAUUGUAAAUUAUAUAUGUUUUUGGAAAGUCAAUUUUGGUGAUAGUAACCAGGAAAUCCGUAUAGAUUUUAAUGAAUUUCGUUUGAAUGGUACAUAUAAUUGUUUAUAUGAAUAUUUAGAAUUCGACUUUCCAAACCAUAAAGAGAAAAAUAUGAAAUUUUGUGGAACAUCUUAUCCUAAAGAGUUACAAUUAACAAGUGUUAAGGAUGAUUAUUUUCAAAUUAUUCAUUACACAUUAAUUCAUUAUUAUGUACAUCUUAAUAUUACGGUCAAAAAAGAUCUAAUAAUGGCAUCCAAAGUAUCGGAAUUAACUGUUGGUGAUAAACCAAUGUACAUCUAUUCACCAGGAUAUCCUGGUACAUAUUACAAGUACUCCAAUAUAACAUGGCAAUUAACUGCCAAGGACACCACCAGCAGAAUUAUGUUUGAAUUUCUAUGGUUAAAGAUGGAGAAAGAUUGUAUUUUUGAUUUUAUAGUAAUAACAGGAGAUAAAACUAAUUACCGUACCUGUGGUUAUAAAUCGAGGUUUUUGGUAGCAGCCAAUGAUUCCCAUGUCAGAAUGACUUUUGAAAGUGAUGGUUUUGCAGAAUAUGAAGGUUUUGUAGUAAAAUAUUAUACAGUACCUUAUCCAGAAUAUAAAGAAAGCUGUGUAAGAGAAGGUUUAAAACUGACAGCUAUUCCUUACCAACCUCAGAUGUUAACAGUUAUAAAAACAAAUCAAAAAGAUUGUAGUUGGAAUAUAGAACCAGACGCCAAACAUAAAGAUCAUGUGAUAGUAUUUGAAGUAAUAUCAUAUUAUACAUCAACAUUUAAUUGUCAUCAAAGAUUGUAUUUGACUGAUAAAUUUUCUACCAAACAGGCUGCUGAUUAUUAUCAUAAAUAUCUUCCUUCAGCAAAUAUAACCAAUGUAGGAGGAACUAUCUCUAAUUGUAUUAACAAAGCAGUACAGUAUUACCGGUCAAUGAGUUCUUCUAUUAACAUACGACUAGUAGACUCCAGUGAGUCAUUCUCUAAUGUCAUUGGAAACAUGACUUUUAGUUAUUACAGUUUACCUAGAGAUGUAUACCGUUAUAAGGGAAUUCAUAUUGGAUAUAGACCUUCAUAUAUAUGGUUAUUACAUCCUAAUAGGUUAUAUGUGGGCGAUACUGAUUAUAAGAUACUGUUGGAAGCUGUUAAUGGAUGUAUUAAGUUAAAAUUAUUAGAUGAAAGAAUGAGAUUUUUAAAUGAUAAUAUUGGAAACUAUAUAGAAAUCCAUGAUGGAGACACUGAAAAAGCUCAAGAUUUAGUCAAUGGUUGUGAUGAAAAACGUAAUGGCUCUGUUAUCUCUGGAACCAAACCCUAUAUGUUUAUUAAAAUAAAGGACAUAAUGAAUUCUCAUCCACAGGGACCAAUGUCAAUUCAGCUCUACCCUAAAUUACUAGAAAUAACAUCCACUGAUGAAUGUCAAGGCUUCAUGCAGAAGAUAGAAGUUCCAAUAUCUCCAGGGUUUGUCAAAAUUUACAGUCCCAAAUAUAGUCGAUCAGUUCCUAAGAAUUUGUUGUGUCACUAUGAAGUAUCAGCUUCUGAUAAGAAUGCUGUUAUCUCUAUCCAAGGUCGCUCUAAUUAUAGGAAUAUAGUGACUUGUACUGAUAAAGUAUACUUCUAUAACUCUGGUACCCAAUUUUAUUCAUGGUGUUUUACUCGAGACUUUUCUAAACUAACAUCAUACAAUAAAAUAAGAUUUACUCUACAAACUGAUGAUGACUAUGAUUUUAUCACAUAUUCAAUUACAGUAACACAAAACAUAACAAAAGUAACGACUCUAGCUCCAGGCCAAUGUAAUGGCAUUCAGACAUUGAAACCUCAAGUUGGUCUCAAUUACACAAUCACUUCACCUAAUUAUCCACAAGAUUAUCCAUUGAAUUUGCGCUGUGAAUGGUUAAUCCUUGCUCCUGGUGGUUAUGAAAUCACAUUGACUAUAAAACAUGCAAAAUUAGCACAAUAUUGGAUAGGUUGUUCUGAUACAUUGAAUAUAUACAAAGGCAAAAAUAGAUGGAUUGAGUUUAAAGUUUUCGACUUUUGUGCACAUUAUCCUCAUGUUAACGAUAGGAAAUUUGUAAGUGAUGUUUUCCUGUUAGAGUUUUUAUCUGAUAGCAGAUAUGUUGAUACAGGGUUUGAAGUAAUAUAUUCUUUAGUCAAAACAUCAUAUGAAGCCUACAUAUCACUUACAUUACGUGAGCAAACUUUUACUUUUGACAGCUCAUGGGAAACCUAUGGAAUACCUAUAAAGCGUCGUUUUAUUAAACCAGAUGAAAUCUAUCCUCAAUAUAGAAUAGUUCUAUAUAUAAGUGGAGUUGACAAAAACUUUUGCAGAAUUGGUUCCAUCUCUUUUGCUAAUGUCAUAACGGACGCUGAAUAUAAAGAAGACUAUGAUUUAUGCAAAUCAGUCCGAGGUUAUACUACUCUGUAUGGUUCUGGUGAUGAAGUUCUCAUGAAUAUAUUUGCUGAUAAAGACUAUUUUGAUCCGUCUUAUUCAAUAUCCGUUGUGUAUCAUUUAGAAAAAAUUCCUGACUGUUCACCAGGAAGACCAUUACUCUUAUUUGCUGAAGAAGACUUUGAUACUCUUACUUCACCUAAUUAUCCUGGACAUUAUAGCAAUAAUCAGUAUUGUCAGUGGAAGAUAUUAGCUAGUGAUGAUUAUGUUUUGUAUUUAGAAGUUGUAUUUUCUGAUUUGGGUUAUUCCUCUAGUUCUAAUUAUCGUGAUUAUGUAGCUAUAUUUGAUGGUAGUGACAGAUAUUCUAGUUUACUAGGAAGGUUUACAGGGUUUACUAGAGACUAUUAUACCAGUACCAGCAAUGUCGUCUUUAUAGAGUUUUAUUCUGAUGCUACGCAAACCAACACUGGAUUUAAAAUACAGUUUAGGAAGGAGAAAAAAAAGACUAAUUCGAUGCCAUCAGGGUCCAAUACUAAUUCUGUAGCUAUUAUAGCAGGUUGUAUUGCAGCACUUAUUUUUAUCUUGGUCUUCUGUAUUGUUUGUGGUGUAUGUUGUAAACGUAAAAGAGUUAACAGAAGACGCGAGCGUGACAGGAGAUCAAGUAUGGUUUAUAAUAGCUCUAAUAAUACAGUGUUUGUAUUAUCACCAGUAAUUUCAAAUAAUACUACUGCUUUACCACCACCACCGUAUUCAGCAUUAGAUAUCAUAGGACUUGCACAGACUCAAACACCAGCAGAUGAUACGUUCCCUCCACCAUACAGUGAACUACCUAGUUACGAGGAAUCCCAACAAUUUGAAAUUCCCAAUUCUAGAUCUUUCUCUCCAGACAAUAUAUUAAAUAGUACCAUGGAAUCUAGGGUAAUGAGUUCUGAACAGUUGUAUGCAUCUGCACCUCAGCUCUUUGAAAGUGAGGAUGAGCUAUAUCAGGUACCUUCAGAUCAGUUAGAAGGGAUUGAUAAUCCUGCUAUGUCUGAAUUAACCUCAACUAUUGUCUAA